CAUCAGUACCAUGCACCUGCUUUAACUGAGGACAGGUAACCACCCAGCCAACUCACAUCAGACGUGAGAGAGAGGCAGAGGAACAACACGCACAUCUUCACUUUGUCGAUAUCCUGCUUUUUAAAUUGCGUUGUUUCUAGAAUCUACCAGGGAGCAGACGCAGAUUCUGCAGGCAGGUCUUUUUUUUUAUCAUGGCCACAAAAGGAAGACCAUUUUUCUUUCUACUCAUCAUGACCUGUGAAGUUUUGGCCACCCCACCAAAAGAGUUGCCUGCAAAUAAAUGUGACUUCACAGACAUGGCCCAAAAUCUGAUAAGGAAGUGCCUAAUGAAGGGAUACCCGGCGCCUAUGUUGAUGCAGCUGAAAACUAUCUUCAAUAACAGUGACUUGCCUAUGUCAUACAGAAACUCUAAGCAAUCCGACACCCUCAUAUCUACAUUUGUCAAUGUCAUGCAGUCAGUCUUUCCUGAUGGAGCCAACAAAAACCCACAAGUCGAUAAAAUGACAAACGAUAUGUGGAAUUUCAGCAAUCUUCCAACCAUGAUCAAGCUGAUGAGGAACUCCUCUGUGGCAUCUGCAUGUUACAUGCAAGCAUUUGUGGCCCCUCUGUCCUGGGCAACUUUGACCUCACAGAGUGGAAACAACAUGACCUUAGACGACUAUGACACACUGCUGUGGGCUGCCAAACCUGCGCUGCAGGGUAUGCCUUUAAGAGAAAUGAACCUUCCUACCAAUGUAGGAAUGCGCGAACACCUGAAAAAGAUGAUGGAGAUGCUGAGGGAGGUGUAUGGUGACAUGUCUAUAGACCAAAGGACUGAAGUGGUAAAAUGGGGAAAAGAGCAGAUCACCCAGAAUUACUUCAACUGUACAAUGAUCCCACCAUGUAACUCCAAAUCAAUGCCAAUGCAGUGCUGCAAACCUGGAAAACUGGAAUGGCUGAACUUGGAUGCGUUGAACAUGAUGGGACCUUACGUCACCCGUUUAGCACCAAACGAUGUUGAUUCUUCUCCCAAAGAACAGCUGUGUGCAUACUUCCGCUCAGCCAAGUUCAAAUCUGCCACGAGUAUGACCACUGACAUGAAACCCAGCCUGGGCGAGAAGUUUUUCCAAAAAUUUCAAGGGUGCUUUGGUGGAAAGACGUUUGCUGAGAAUGUGGACAAGCUCGGCAUACUGGCCUGUCAUUAUUCCGCUGCUCUAGACUUGACUCCUGACUUCAGCCGGAAACUCCUCUCUGAGCUUAACAACUGCGAUGAUGGCAGCAAUCCCAAAAUCACACAGCUGAAGAAGGCUCUUGUCAAGUCUGUGAUGUCAAAUGCCAGCAGCGCUGAAGCAUUACUCGGGCUCGGUAGCAGCGUUAACUUGCUGUCUUCCAAACAACUGUCCGAGAUCCCUGACAAAGUUCUCAAGGAAUUUGUCCAAAACAACACCGUCCCAUGGAAACGAGGCCAGCGGCGCACCCUGGUCCAGAAACUGCUGGGCAAAGAGUGUAAAACAGUGUCCGGUAAGGACCUGAUAGCCCUUCAAUCAGUUGCAGAAGAUUUGCCAAGCUGUGUGCUCAAGCAUGUCAAGGAGAUCCUGAAUGAUACAGAGGGCCUGAAGAACAUCUCUAAGCGGAUGAGGAAGGGGCAGCUGAUGGCCAUGCUGCAGGGGCUACUCCGAGACGUGGUUCCCUCAGAGCUGGUGCAGAAAAUGUCAGGCCCUUUGCUUCGUAGCCUUCCUCUAAACAAGUUGGACAAAGCAAACAUCACCUCUUUGAACCAAGUGGUGGAUAAAAUGUGGAAUCGGGCACAGGCAGCUUUCCUGGCAAAAAAGAUGCACAAUCAAAAUAUGCUUCAAUGGAGGCUGGGUUCAGUCCUUCAGGGAGUAACCUGUAAGAUGAUCGACAAAGUAGCAGACAAUGACACGCAAGCCAUGAUUCAGGCCAUCUCAGAGACUCCACAGUGGCUCUCCAAAGUGCAGGCAGGGUGUGUUGCCCGAAAGCUUUUUGCGACUUUGGAGAAAAAGAGAACCGACUACUUCAAAACCAUCACUGAGGCGGAGAUGAAAAACAUUCCCACAUACUUACUUCCUCACCUGCCGCCUUUGAAGGUGAAGGAUUUGCCCGACUCUGUGUGUCCUGUCUUCCUCGACAAGAUGAACGAGGCCAACCUGAGCUCAUUACCUCAACGUUCCCCGUCUCGCAAUGCACUUACCCAGAGAGCUCUGCUUUGCCUGGCCAAUGGGAAAAACGUAUCUGAGCUGACCAAUGAGGAUGUGUCCAGGCUUGGACCGCUUUUGUGUGAGCUUCAGCCAUCCCAACUGCUCUUCAUGGCCCCUGAUGUCUUCAACUCCAGCCUCCAGGCCAUGGCUUCCUGCCAGCACAUUCCUCAACGCCACAGGGCAGAUAUAAUUCAGCUGGUCACGCAGACUUUUGGGGAUCCAUCUAAUUGGUCAGCUGAGACUAUGGAAGCACUGGGUCCUCUCCUCCUUUUGGAUGACAAUGCCACAUCUGUUCUGCCCAAUAAGCCUUGGAUGAAGGAUGUUCUCUAUUUCCUGAAGUUGAGCCUGAAACAGACCUCCGACGCCCUGAGAAAGAAAGUCUUCGGCCUCAUCACCACCACCACAUCAAAUGCAGCGCGUAAAAAGAGAGCAGCCAACAGUAAUGAUGGUAAAGCACUCACUGUGGAGGUGAUUGAAGAAUUGGGAAUGGACAACGUCUACUGGACAGCCGCACAGCUGGAUCAGAUGUCAGCCGAAACCUUCCUUGCUACUUUAGAAACACUUGGCGCCGUCUCUGGCUAUAAUGCAGAUCAACUGGCCAUACUAAAAAAAGCAACUAAGAUAUUUGGCGCAGUGUCACAGAUGAAUGAGAGUGUGGUGAUGCAGAUGGGAUGUUUAGCUCAGGGCUUCUCCAACGCAGAACUGGAGAAGCUCCCCUUCUCGCUGGAUGCUCUGGAGGAAAUUGCCCACUGUGGCUGGGAUGAGUCACAGAUGAAGGCGGUGUGGAAGGGUGUUGCUAAAUAUAACAACCUGACAGUGCAGCACCUGGAAGCAGAAGACAUAGUAGCACUGAACCAGUUCAUCUGUGGCCUAAACUCCAGCGAGAUCAAGCAGCUCAACAUGGCCGCCUUCAAGGACGCUGUGGGCUCAGUGGGUGGUGUUCAUUGCUCCUUCAAUGUUACACAACAGUUGAAAAGUCUUGCUGUGUCGGCAUUUGGAAAUCCCAACAACUGGAAUGAAGCACAAGUGUCUGAGCUGGGCAACAUUGUUGCUGGAUUGGAUGCAACAGAGUUGGCUUCUUUAGACCCGUCUGUCUUCUCAUUUCUCAGCGAGUCCUGCAUCCCGUUCAUACCACCACACAACUUAGCUGCACUCUCUGUUGCUCAGCUGGUGGCUCUUGGACCUGACAACGCUGCCAUGGUAACAAGUGAACAACAUGCUGCCUUGAGAGAUGAGCAGCUGGUUGCUCUUGACAGGGCCAUGACUGAGCAGCUGGUUGCUCCUCAAAGGGACGUGACCAGUUCACCAGCGUCAACACAAAUACCUGCCAAGUCAGGAGCUCCGUCGCUGAGUGUGGAGGGGAUCUCAGCCUUCAUGAAGCCCCUUCUGUUUCUCCUCAUGGGCUUCCUGCUGCUGUGAGAACAGAGCGCCACCACAUCCAACUGCAAAACUAACAGGAGCUUUAGCACUUGUGACAUGUAAUUCUUCAAGUUUGUUAUUUUGUGUUGAAUACAUUUUUCUCAUAGAUUGUCUGAGAUCAUUUGUGCGUGAGCGGUGGUUGUUCUUAACAUAAGCAAGUACACAACAUAAUCAUAUGACCAGUUAAGCCGUGUAAGGUAUCUUUAUUAUUGCUUUAAAAUAUUCUGUUUCUAUACAUUUAUAAGAAAGUAUAUUUUAAUAGAAUGAAGAGGAAUAUUUACUGUUUGACACUCUGAUGUCCUCUGUGUGGGAUUUUUAUAUGAUACUGUACUCACAAAAUUUCAAAUGAUUAAACGGUAACACUUUACUUGAAGGUAUCUACAUAAGAGUGACACAUGACACUGUCAUGACACAGUCAUGACACAUGA